AUCGUAUAUGUCACACAGCUCCUCUUGACAGCACAGCCACGCUGAGCAAUAUCCAACUACUUAUUAAUCUUGCAGUCAACAAGCCUCCCAGCUUGCGCCUUUGACCUUCUUUUUCUUUCUCAUCCUCAUCCCCAACCCUGUAUCGUCACCGAUACUCUGCCUUGUAUACCCAUCCUCGUUGUCGAUUUACAAAGCUUUGGCCAUAUAACGGCUUUACACUAUUCGCUAUGGACGAGACACUGAUUCUCUCAAAGUUUGACAAGUUGGUCAACUCUGGUUUGGUACUCUAUGACCAAAACCAAGAGACCGUUCAACAUGUGGAUGGUGACCUUGAGUUUCAAUUCCUGCUUACUUCGGCACUUGUAAAGAAGCCCGUGCUGGGACCGCCGUCAUCGGAAAAGAAUGCAGAAGUCAACGGCGACAAAGCCGAUGGCAGCGAUAUUUCCACCAAAGGCUUCGAGAUUGGUCCAAUCGGUAAUGACCAUUUUGUUAUUGCCAACAAAUUUUGCUACGCACGUCCGCAUCUCAUGCUUCUAACGUGUGAUGGGUACCGAAGACAGUACGAGCCGUUGGACGAAGCCGGUUUGGAGGCGGCGCAAACGGUUCUCCUUUCCAUGAGUCAAGACUUUGUCGUAUUUUACAACUGCGGCCAAGACGGAGGCUGCAGUCGGCUGCAUAAGCAUAUGCAACUUAUUCCCAAACCGCCUCACAGUUUUGCCGACUUUCUGGAUAAUGAGGCUUCCAGCAGCAGCCCUCCCAAGGUUCCAUUUCACUGGUUCUACCAACGGAUUGAUGUUGCGAAUACAGGCGGAAAGGGGCUUAUAGAAGUCUACACGAAUCUCCUCCAGCAGGCCACGACCGUUGGUCAGGGGUUGGCUCAGCAUGCAGAUUCGGCGCCACCAGGUGCGGCAUGUCCUCACAACUUUAUAAUGAGUAAACGAUGGAUGAUUGUCAUACCAAGGCGUCGAGCGGGUAUCAACAAAGAAGCUGGUGCAAAUGCGUUGGGAAUGCUCGGAGUGAUUGCUGUUGCUACGAGGGCAGAGAUUGAAAAUUGGAUUCGUCUUGGACUGUCGGAAUCCUUGAGAGAAUUGGGAGUGCCAAAAUAGCCGCACAGCUGUUCCCUUGUCCAUUUGUUCGUAAUUAGUAUGUUAGACAAAUUGCAAUCAUUUGCCCAUUUCUUUGAUGCAUCCCGAUGCCACGCAAUUUGGGUCGCAGUCGGAAAGGGGAUGAAGGGUCUGUAGUAAAUUUGCAACGCCAUCAUCAAGCCACAUUUCCC